CAUUUUUCAGAUCUUAUUGUUUAUUGAAAUGCCACCUAAGAAACAGCCAGUUAAGACUGAACCGAAAAAGUCACAGAAGCCUACCUCUAGCGGCGGUGGAAAGGCCAAGAAGAAGAAGUGGUCGAAGGGUAAGUCGCGAGACAAGCUGAACAACGCCGUCUUCUUCGACGAGGAAACCUAUGCCAAGUUCAAGAAAGAGGUGCCGAACUAUCGUCUCAUCACUCCUUCUGUGGUGUCUGAGAGGAUGAAGGUGAGAACGACUCUGGCGAAAAAAGCCCUCACAGAGCUGGAGAAGCACGGGCAUAUCAAGUUGGUGUUCAAACACAACGCACAGAGAGUCUACACUAGAAAUACUAAGGCUGCUCCAGCUGCAACUGUUGAAGCCUAGUUCCCAGACACCCCUUCAGCACAAGGAUUAAAUGGAUUUCGAUUGAAACUUACGCCAACAUUGUGCUAGUUUUCAUCGAUGUUGCAAUUCAAGUGUUGAAUUAAA